GUGUUACUAAUGUCCAGGAGCGGGAAGCGGAGAACCUCAGGGUGAGGCGUCGUUGUAUUUUAGUUUGACGCCUUUUGGCGGAAAAGCACUGCUGGGUUUGGGAUUCUGCGCGGCGAGACAAGAUGCUCAAGUCCAAGACGUUCUUAAAAAAGACCCGGGCGGGCGGCGUGAUGAAGAUCGUGCGCGAGCAUUACCUGCGAGACGACAUAGGCUGCGGUGCUGCCGGAUGCACAGCGUGUUGCGGGGCGCACGAGGGGCCAGCCUUGGAGCCGCAGCCCCAGGACCCGGCAAGCAGCCUUUGCCCGCAGCCGCACUACUUGCUGCCUGACACUAACGUGUUACUCCACCAGAUUGUAAGUGCCUGGAGGCCGGGGACCUGGGCUUCUGUGGCCUCCAGCCUGCGACUCCCAGGCAGCUUAGAAACCUAUGUAGAACAAGAACAGGGAGAAAAUGCUAAUGACAGGAAUGAUAGAGCUAUUCGAGUAGCAGCAAAAUGGUACAAUGAACAUUUGAAGAAAAUGUCAGCAGACAACCAGCUGCAAGUUAUCUUCAUAACAAAUGACAGGAAAAACAAAGAGAAAGCUGUAGAAGAAGGAAUACCAGCUUUUACUUGUGAAGAAUAUGUAAAGAGCCUAACUGCUAACCCUGAACUCAUAGAUCGUCUUGCUUGUUUAUCUGAAGAAGGGAAUGAAAUAGAAAGUGGAAAAAUAAUAUUUUCAGAGCAUCUUCCCUUAAGUAAGCUACAGCAAGGCAUAAAAUCUGGUACAUACCUUCAAGGAACAUUUAGAGCCAGCAGGGAAAAUUACUUAGAAGCUACCGUGUGGAUUCAUGGUGACAGUGAAGAAAAUAAAGAGAUAAUCUUACAGGGACUUAAACAUUUAAACAGAGCUAUUCAUGAAGAUAUUGUGGCUGUGGAGCUUCUCCCAAAGAGUCAGUGGGUAGCUCCAUCUUCUGUGGUUUUACAUGAUGAAGGUCAAAAUGAAGAUGAUGUGGAGAAAGAAGAAGAGAGAGAACAAAUGCUUAAGACUGCUGUAAGUGAGAAUAUGUUAAAGCCUACAGGUAGAGUUGUAGGAAUAAUAAAAAGGAAUUGGAGACCAUAUUGUGGCAUGCUUUCCAAGUCUGACAUUAAGGAAUCAAGAAGACAUCUCUUUACACCUGCUGAUAAGAGAAUCCCUCGAAUUCGCAUAGAAACCAGACAGGCUUCUACAUUAGAAGGACGGAGAAUUAUUGUUGCUAUUGAUGGUUGGCCCCGAAAUUCCAGAUACCCAAAUGGACACUUUGUGAAAAAUUUAGGCGAUGUUGGAGAGAAAGAGACUGAAACAGAAGUUUUGUUACUUGAACAUGAUGUUCCGCAUCAGCCUUUUUCACAGGCUGUUCUUAGUUUUCUACCAAAGAUGCCCUGGGGCAUUACUGAAAAGGACAUGAAAAACCGAGAAGACCUGAGGCAUCUGUGUAUUUGUAGUGUGGACCCACCAGGAUGUACUGACAUAGAUGAUGCUCUGCAUUGUAGAGAACUCGAAAAUGGAAAUUUGGAGGUUGGCGUUCAUAUUGCUGAUGUGAGCCAUUUUAUUAGGCCAGGAAAUGCCUUGGAUCAAGAAUCAGCCAGAAGAGGAACAACUGUGUAUCUUUGUGAAAAGAGGAUUGACAUGGUUCCAGAGUUACUUAGCUCUAAUUUGUGUUCCUUAAAAUGUGACGUUGACAGGCUGGCAUUUUCAUGUAUUUGGGAAAUGAACCACAGUGCUGAAAUCUUAAAAACAAAGUUUACCAAAAGUGUUAUUAAUUCAAAGGCAUCUCUGACAUAUGCUGAAGCUCAGUUGAGAAUUGAUUCAGCAAAUAUGCGUGAUGAUAUUACUACUAGUCUCCGUGGACUGAAUAAACUAGCCAAAAUUCUGAAGAAAAAAAGGAUUGAAAAAGGGGCUUUGACUCUGUCUUCUCCUGAAGUUCGAUUCCACAUGGACAGUGAAACUCAUGAUCCUAUAGAUCUGCAGACCAAGGAACUUAGGGAAACAAAUUCCAUGGUUGAAGAAUUUAUGUUACUUGCCAAUAUCUCCGUUGCAAAAAAAAUUCAUGAGGAAUUUUCUGAACAUGCUCUGCUUCGAAAACAUCCUGCUCCACCUCCAUCAAAUUAUGAAAUUCUUGUUAAGGCAGCCAGGUCGAGGAAUUUGGAAAUUAAGACUGAUACAGCUAAGUCUUUGGCUGAGUCUUUGGAUCAGGCCGAAUCUCCUACUUUUCCAUAUCUAAACACUCUGUUAAGAAUAUUAGCCACUCGCUGUAUGAUGCAAGCUGUGUACUUCUGUUCUGGAAUGGAUAAUGAUUUUCAUCACUAUGGCUUAGCAUCUCCAAUAUACACACAUUUUACUUCGCCCAUCAGAAGAUACGCAGAUGUCAUCGUUCAUCGGCUUUUGGCUGUGGCUAUUGGGGCUGACUGUACUUACCCAGAGUUGACAGACAAACACAAGCUUGCAGAUAUAUGUAAAAAUCUCAAUUACAGGCACAAAAUGGCUCAAUAUGCCCAGCGUGCAUCAGUGGCUUUUCAUACCCAGCUAUUUUUCAAAAGCAAAGGAAGAGUAAGUGAAGAGGCCUAUAUUUUAUUUGUAAGAAAGAAUGCUAUUGUGGUAUUAAUUCCAAAGUAUGGUUUAGAAGGGACAGUCUUUUUUGAAGAAAAGGACAAACCAAACCCACGGCUUAUUUAUGAUGAUGAGAUACCCUCACUUAAAAUAGAAGACACAGUGUUCCACGUAUUUGAUAAAGUUAAAGUGAAAAUCAUGUUAGACUCAUCUAAUCUUCAGCAUCAGAAAAUCCGAAUGUCCCUGGUAGAACCACAGAUACCAGGAAUAAGCAUUUCUCCUGAUGAUAUUUCAAACAUGAACCUUAAUGGACCGGAGAAAAAGAAGAUGAAGCUUGAAAAAUAGCUACAUUCAAGAAAAGUCUUCAAAGACUGGUUUCCUUUUUAAAAGAAAAAACUUGAGAAAACACCUCUAAGCCUAAGUGUGUGAUAUAGUUUGUUUAAGUACAUUUUAAUAAUUUCAGACAUUUGCAUUUUUAUUGAACAGUUCUGUAUCUGUCCCAUCAUACUACUUUAGUUCUGGGUUGAAUAGAAUUAUUUAUGCAGAAUAAUUCAAUUGCAUAUCUAUCAGUUAAAUACGGUGACAGGACAGCAACUUGAGGGAUCUGUAAAGAUCAUGUAAAUGGAGUGCUCAUCUGCCCAUGGAGGAGCAGAUUAAUUUUGUGUAAGUACUUUGAUUACUUAAUAUUGGUAGGAAAAAACUCAUUUUCCUACAGAGGAAAAUAGAACAAUUUUAGAAGCAAGGAACAAUCUCUUUCUGUCUUGAAAGCUGUCAGUGUUGAGGAUGUAAUCUCCUUUGCCAUCUUUAACUUACCUAACUUACACUAAGUGUUCUCUCACUCUCUUUAGAAGCUUCCUGUAUUUUAUUAGUGGUCCUUGAACAACUGUGAAUGUUUGGGAAUUGGUAGGAAGGCAAGAAGUAGGAUAUUUUGACCUGACUGGAGAGAUGGUUGUAUUUUUAUUACCAGGUAUAAGUGUAAUCAUCAUUGUUGAACUUCAGCGCCAGUGUCUCUCCAGAAUAAAACAUUGGCAUUCAAAUGUCUAUAUCUUGUUACUUACAAAAUAAAACAGAUAAUUAAUGGCCUUUAAA